UUUCCAUUGUUUUGAUUCGUUUUCUUUAGAUAAACUAUUUCGGUUAAUAGAUUUAUUUUGUAAUCGCAAAAAUGAGACGCCGGGUGGGCCUGGGAGCUAUUCAGCAGCAGAAACUGGCUGCGGAGAAGUACAAGGACAAGGGAACCGACCUGCAGGAAAACCAACUCGAGCAAAUGACCAAACAAAUGGAGGUUUUCCGGGUGAAGCUCGAGGAGUUUGCAAUGAAACACAAGGAGGAUAUUCGCAAGAACUCUCAAUUUCGGAAGCAGUUCCAGGAAAUGUGCGCCGCCAUUGGAGUUGACCCUUUGGCCACCGGCAAGGGAUUUUGGAGCGUUCUGGGAAUGGGAGACUUCUACUAUGAACUGGGUGUCCAGGUGGUCGAGGUCUGCCUGGCUGCCAAUCACAAAACGGGUGGACUGAUGGAACUUGAUGAGCUGCGAAGACGACUCAUAGCGGCCAGGGGUCAGAGUUCAGUGCACCAGGAGAUAACCAGGGAGGAUAUCCUCAUGGCCGCCAAAAAACUAAGCAUAUUCGGAAAUGGUUUUGUGGUGCACAAACUGGGCAAGGGCAAGUACAUAGUUCAGUCGAUUCCUGGCGAGCUGAGCAUGGAGGAGACCAACAUUUUGAAUGCUGCUUCGAAUACUGAACAAGGAUGCGUUACGCAAAGUCAGCUGAUUAAGGACUUGGGGUGGACUGAGUACCGUGCCCAACAAUCACUGGACAAGGUGCUCGGCGAAGGCCUCUGCUGGAUUGACAAGCAGGCGGAGGACGAGCCCUCCUAUUGGUUCCCCAGCUUGUUUCCCGGUCGCAAUGCUCAGACCACGUCCGCCUUGUAGUGCUCCCAUAAAAGUAAUUUAAUGUGUAUAAUAGUAAUCAUAAAAUAUAUCUUUGUACAACCGUAAAA